AAAAAAGUUGCCAAGAAACGUCACAGUUCACCCCAUUUUCGGGAUAGAACAUGAAGUCUGUCUUUUAUAAGUGAAUACUAACUAAUGUUAAAUGAAUCUGUUCCCUUUUUGAUGCCGUAUCUGUUCGAUUCUGAGCGUGGUUUUUUAAAAUGGAACGUCGACCCAUAAGAACAGCUGAUCGUAAACUAUUGUCAACAAGAUUUGUUUAUGAUAUCCGCUUAGUAGUGGCAGAUGCAGUUGUCUGCAGAAUGUUUACAUGAGUUUCAGAAAACUGCAACGUGCGGGAAAUGAUUAGAGUCUUAUUGAUUAUUCUAGCUGUGUCCAUUACUUGUCGUAGUCAUGAGAUUACUGAUGUGGAUUGUACUAAGCUUCGGAUGGGCCAGUAUUUGUGUCCUGAUCCAAGCUACGAUUAUAUCGACAUAAAAACUCAGCAACCUCGUGGUUGUAUGCGUGAAACAAACAGAGCAAAAGUAAUGUGCAGAGCAGCGCCAGGUAUCGUCUGCCGAGACACAAAGAAUUCAACUUUUUUCAAAGAAAUUCCGUGCAAGUGGACGAAUGGUUACUCAUUUGAAACAGCCCUGCUUCUUUCCAUUUUCUUGGGCAUGUUUGGAGCAGAUCGCUUUUAUUUGGGAUACCCAGCCAUUGGUCUCCUGAAGUUCUGCACAUUAGGUUUCAUGUUUCUUGGGCAGUUAGUAGAUAUAAUACUUAUUGCAACACAGACUGUGGGGCCAGCUGAUGGGUCAUAUUAUGUUAUCCCACAUUAUGGUGCAGGUAUAGAAGUAAUUCGAAGCAAUAACUGGACAUACAAACUGCCACAGGAUGACUGGUGAAACAGUAUUCUGUUUGUUGGUCAUCUAUUAAAGAUUAAUAUAUGUGAAAAAAUUGUGUGGUGGAAAAAUUCACGAACGUUGUCUUCCAUUGUUACACCACUGUGACUCUAGUGACAUUUUAGACAGCUGCAUCUGAUACCAAGUGUGUUAUCUUGAGUAACUGCAGAUUUUCAGUGCUACAUAUUUAUCCUGAAUGUUACACUGAGUAGCAUUCAAAGAGUGAACUGAAAUAUAGUAUUCACUGAAAUAACAGAAGUGAGAAAUAUUUUUUUUAUCUCAGUGUGUCUGUUUAAUUUACAUUAGCCCAAACUUUUGCAUUUUAUUGUUAACCAAUUUUGUUAACAUAGGUUGUAAAGUGUAAAGUGAUACACUCGUGCAGAAGGGAACAGAAGUGUGCCAUGUCAAAGUGACAUCUUAACAACUUCCAGUACGUUUUAAAUGUUAUGAACAUAUACUGUUUCCUGUCUGUGAUUUUUAAAGUAUUGUGAUAUAUACUGAAUAAAAUGUUUGUAUUUCUACAACUGA